AUGGGAUUUCCGGACAUAUGGUUACCGUGGGGGUCGGCUGCUGAGGCCGAGCUUCCUGGGCAACGUACCUGUUUCUAUUUGGGCAUAUACCAAAUGUUUGCGGGUCCGCCCUUUCCAGUUGGCAAUUGUAAUACUGACGCUCUUUACUGGGGUUAUGCUGCGCUCAAGUGUUCAACUACAUCAGCGGCUUCCAAAUACGACUCCGGUGUUAUACUUAACAGGUAUGAAGACCGCACGUACGUCAUUAGAAUGAUUGAUAGCAUGAAGGUCCAGCCAAGGCAUGUCAUUGAUCGAGAUUCAACUUACAACUACCCUCCUCCAAACCGCGGACGGCCUCGUGAUUUGCAUAGCACAAGCUAUUCUCAUAUAACCUCCUCCAAGCUCGAGGCUACAAUGAUACCGGCAGCAAUCGCUGCUUUCCGGGAGUUACUUGAUCGGUCACAACGGCCCGUCUACCUACUCUAUUGCAUUCAGCACUUGCUGAAGCUCUCAAUUGACGGCAUGGUUGCUGUCUGCGCCAUCGCCAUCAUCACACUAGCAACACCGCUCAACGAGAGUUUAUCUAGUGUCGAUGGCGCGCUCGGUGUAGCACUUAGAUGGAAAUAUCCAUCGGCGCCGUGCUGCGUGUUCGGGAUUUCGAACCUUCUACGCCAUCCGAGAAUGGCGUCUCCAAUAACUUGGAUGAGCUUCCCACAUACUGGCCUCAUCAAGGUGCUAUUGAGUUCCGCAAUGUUGAUGCCAAGUAGUAUCACACCCGAAUUUACCCCCAGAGACAUUAAUUGGUCCACCCAUCACGGUCCCGCACUGGAAUCUGCGGUCGUGCCGGGACAGGAGGAAGCAUCGCCAUUGACGGAAUCGAUAUCCGCAGCAUCCCACUUUCGACUCUCCCAGAGCGAAUCUUAUGCUAAGGGUACAGACGAAACCAUUAUCACGGUGCUGGAAACGGUGGGAUUGUGGACAACCAUUGAAGCGCGAGGCGACCUCUGUGCUGACGCAAGCAUCCCACUUAGCGCCGGUGAACGCCAGGUUUUUGCGCUUGCGUAUGCGCUACUUCUCCGGAAGAGCCUUCAACGCGAAGGAGGAAUUUUGGUCCUCGAUGAGGUUUUCCGUGCCCCGUCACGCACCAGCUCCAGACGAUUAAUUGAGGCGGGAGAGCCAGGUUCGUUGCGCACUGUCAAUUUCGAUAACUUCGACAAAGAAGAGGAGUUUAGUCCCAGUGGUCUAGCCAGUCUGCAUAAUGAGAAGAAUCUACCAAAUACAGCACGCUUAGGUGACUUCCCCAAGGCAGGUGCAGCAAAGCAUUGCCGCAGCCAUUUGGCACUUACCUGUGUACAGUUAGAAACAAGUAAGAAGGCUCUCCUAAACUGGCGCAGACAGGAAGCCGAUGUUAUUAGGUCACAUGACCAUAUUGCAGGAAUUGACGUCAUAUCACAACCUUGUCCACAUUUCGCCAGCGAUCAGAGGUGA